GCGACUGCGAGGGAGAAGUUUGAAGACGAGCCGCGGGCAGCAGGACCCCCCUCACACAUCCUCUCUGUGCUCUUUACACACUCACAACAGAGCUGGGUUAUGCUUUGAUGUUUCUGAAUGUCAAAGUAAAGGACAGUUUUAAAGUUUUUUUGGUUUUGGAGGUCUCCCAGUUUGGACUGAACCACCGCCCGGUUGAUGAUAUUUCCAGCGCGGGCAGCUGUGCAUCCUGUCCGGGGAGAGAAAUGGUUGGCAGGUUGAACUUGCCAAAUGUAUGUGAAGGAGACCCGCUGGAUAUGAGCUGCAGGGCGGAGAGAGGACUUGACAGCCCGGACUCCGGGUUACCCCCGAGCCCGAGCCCCAGCGCCUGGCUGCUGCCUGUGUGUGCUGAUAAAGCCGGGGGCGUGAGCCCGGUGUCUGAGGACGAGGGACGGGGCUCCCUGGUUCCAGUUUUGCCCACCGGAUCUUUCCAGCAGCUGCACCCGUUGUCCUUUGGGGAAGGCAUAGCGAUUGAUCCAUUGCCAGCGAAGGAAAUAAGAUACACCUCAUCUGUGCACUACGACUCGGACCGCCACUUCAUCCAGGGCGUGGCCCUACAGCCCACGGGCCAGGGCCUUGAACACUGCAUGCAGACCAUCAUGGCCGUGCCCCACAGCACCUGGCGCCACUACAAGACACAGCUGGAGUUCCAGCCUCGCCAUCGGCCGCAGCACUUCCAGAGCACCACCAUCAUCUACCCCAAGAAAACCAGCACACUCUACACCACAGAGCUGAGCUACGACUGCCACCGACUAUCCAAACGUUUCCUCUCCAGCGUGGAGCUGGAGAUGGUCGGCCGCAGGGAGCUACCUCAGUGAGGGCGGGGACAGGUGCUGGGGACACACAAGGGUGGUUAUUCCCAUGACACCUAUACUGCCGCUGACCUGCUGUGUUGUCUUUUAACAGUUGUGUAGCCUGUUAUCUUUUUAAGUACCCCUCCUACGCUGUGGACAGGAAGCACCUGUGCUGUGAUGUUGCAGAUAUCAGAUGACAAGACAUGGACAGAGUGGGUUAGAUAUCCAUCCAGUACAUGUCUCCAUGUUUAUAUUCCUGCCAGUGGUUGAUCCAUCAGUGGGAAUGGACGUUUCAUUAAAUGCUUCAACCUUGUAGCUUGUUGGUUUCCGAGGCAUGCUUGUAUCUGAUUUGUUUUUACAGGCUGUAGGAUUGACUCGUGGACUGGGAUGAGGAGAAUACGUCUCUGCCCUCAGCAGACUCUCCUCACGUCACAUCAAGUUGGUCAAAUAACAGAGUGAGGGAAGGAAAGGGAAAAUUUAAAUGUGGUGCUGGAGUUUGCGUGCAUGCUAAGAACUCACUAACUUAUCCACACUGUUUGUUUCUUCACAGGGUAUUGUGUGUUUCUGCACAACUUAGACACAAGCUAAGCUCUUCCCAAGCCUUCUCUCUGGCCACUGUUGCAAGUCACAAUGUGUUAUGUAAAUGUUGGUAGAUUAAGGGAAUGUAUGUUUUCGCUGUGAUGUGUGCGCGUAGACAAACUGAUUAAGCAGGUAGUAUAGAUGGAUUAUUAUGAGUGUGGAGUUUACUGAGAAGUGGAUUUUUUGAUAUCACUCACUGGCUUUCUAGUGACAAUAACAAGCUGCAUUCCACUGCCAUCACUUUCUCUGGCUUGACUUGGAUUGAAGUUGUAUUUAUUCUUUUUAGUUUUAGGUUGAGAUUUUAUCAGCUGUUUAACGGGUCUCUCCACAGUCAUGGCAAGGGAUAUUUUGUGAUGCCCCAUGUGCCUUAUUGAUGUAUCUGUUGAUGCUGUUUUUAUAUUAGUCACUUAUUCAGUGCCAGUUUGAAAUAAAGACUUCAUCAGUUCAA